AAAAGGGAAAUAAACCUAUAGACAUCUUAUGAAUAACACACAGUCAACAAGUGGUCAUAAACCAAAAACCAAAUUACACAUUUCUUCAAGUGAUACACCACAAACAGUAUCAGGUUCUCCAGCAGGAAGAGGAUUUUCAAGAGCUUCAUCUGCUGAUUCUGUUUUCGAUGAUAUAUCAUCUAAAGCGCACGCUUUAUUUUCUAUUCUUGAUGAAGAAAACAAAGGUUAUCUGGAUAAUCAAGUGUUACUGAAAGUUUGUGAUUCCGGUCUGACAGAAUCCCAGAUAAAUGAUCUGAUUUUACAACUAGAUCAUGAUGGAGAUGGGAAAGUUAGUGCAGAUGAUUUCAUGCUUGGAUUACGUACAUUGGCGAAACGGAAUAGUCUAAUCCGGGCUUCAUUGAGAGCCACCACAGUAACAAAUUCUUCGCGUUAUUUGAUUAAACGCUGUUCGGAUUCCUCUGACUCACCUAGAAGUCGUUUGGGAUCAGAUGAAACUGGUUCAGAUGUUGACGACAAAUUAUACAAUAAACAUCAUGCAAAAAUAAGCUGUAACACUAUUCAGUCUGUAAGAAUCAGAACUAAGAGUAGACAAAGACUUCAUCAGAGAAUUCUGACAUUGUCAUGCCAGCAAACAACAACUUCCAAAUUAGUUAGUCAAUCUUCUGCUUCAUUACCCGAUAUUAGUUCCGUCGAUGAAAGCUUAAAAUGCUUAAACAGUCAAGAUCAUCUUUAUGAACUGUAUCAUAUACUGUUAUCAGAAAAUCCAAGUUUAUCUAGAAUGUAUGAAACUGUACUAGUGGAUGUUGUUUGUUAUAUUCAAAGAACGCGCGAAAUUCAGCUGCGAUUAGAAAAACAGAUUGAAAGUGAACGUGUUAAGCACAGCGAAGCAAUAUUUCGUCUAUCUGAAGAACUAGAUAAUCAAGUAAAAUUGGCUGAAGAAGCAGCACGACUUAAGGAAAGAGAAUCAGCGAUGAUAAAAUUCUCUACUGAACUCGAAACGAAAUCGCUACAAAUAAAACAGCUCAAAUCAAAAAUCAAACAUCUUGAAGAGCAAGAAAUCCAUCAGAGGGAAACUCAAAAUCAAACUAUUGUAUUGAAGAACAAUGAACUAGAUGAUUCACGAAUAAUUAAAUUACAGACAAAAAUUUUACAAGUAAAUCAAGAAAACUACAAUCUAGAAGAAGAUCUGGACAAUACACGAUUACAGUUAGCACAGUCACGAUCAGAGUUUAAUGCAGUCCGACAAAGUUUAAAUGAUAAAACUCAAGAGUUGGAACAUCAUAUGUCUGCGCUAAUUGAGACAGUCAAAGAAAACUCAACACUAAAGCGUCAAGUGGGAAUAUUGCAAGAUAUCAACAAAAAGUUAUAUGAUGCAAAUGAUAGCCUUUACAACAUGUUUGAAAGUUAUCCUGAAUGUCUUCGUAAACAGUGGAAAGUGGAAGACAUUAAACCAGCUUCUACAACAGUUGAUCAUAAGUUUAGACGAACUUCUAAAGAAUAUAAAUCGAUUAAAUCAGUUGUCAAAGCUUUUCAUGUACAUGAAUCCGAGGAUGAUAUUGCCACGUGUGUGUCAUGUGCAAGUGAUCAAAUCGACAAAACAAGAUCUGAACAGCCAGAAUGUAGUACAUUGAAAACUUAUAGAAGUGGAGAUAGUGGACUAUCUAUCCAAAAAGAUGUCAGAGAGAUAGAAUCUGAUGAAGCAGUUAAAUUACUCAACGAUAAACAGAAGUUAUGGGGAAAUUCUGGGAACCAUUUAAAAUACGGUAUUCGAUCCGAAUUACAAAAUAAGUCAUCUUCAACAACAUCAGUUUACUCAAAUAAUUGCAACUAUCAAUCUUCAGCUUCAUAUUCAUCAAGUCAGCCAGAUUCACAUGGUAAAAACGGUACAAUAAAAAGGCAAAAUAAAAAAAUUUUAUCCAGUAAAGAAAGUUAUCAUAUAAAAUCUCCAGUAGAUGAAAAAUUAAGAAUUUUUCGAAUAAUGUUAGCUGGUGACUCGGAAGUUGGUAAAACCAGUUUACUUAUACGUAUGUGCGAUAAUGUGUUUACAGCUAGUUCAGUUACAACUAUAGGUAUCGAUAUGAAAAUGAGAUCUGUUGAAGUCGACGGUAGAAAAGCCAUGAUGCAAAUAUGGGAUACUGCCGGACAAGAAAGGCAAGUCUACAUUGUCUACACACGAGAGUCUUUGAAUAUUUAA